AUGAAGAAAGCCUUCACCGCUGAGCAAAUUUCGGACUGGUUCACCUCGGGGAACACGUUCGCGAACAUUAAACUCACGGAAGAAGCGGCUGAAAAAAAGUCUGACCCACCGCCGUCGAAAGAGACCAGUCCAGCAGAAGUUCUCGAUGAGGACAGAGUGAAAAAUGUCAGCUCUGAUGGAGGGAGAUUCCAAAAACCAGAACCACCACGGCGUACAGCUCCUCCUCCACUUGCCAGCUACGAGUAUCCAACCUUGCCCAUAACCAAAAACAGACAGGAGCUCGUUUCUCUCAUAGAAAACAACUCUGUAGUGAUCAUUCGUGGAGCCACAGGCAGUGGCAAGACCACCCAGCUGCCACAGUACAUCCUGGACCAUUACAAUGAGAAAAAUACCACAUGCAACAUUGUGGUCACCCAACCACGCAAAAUCGGAGCCACUAGUAUUGCUCGAUGGGUCGCCACACAGCGGAAGUGCACCCUGGGUAGUCUGGUGGGAUAUCAGGUCGGGCUGGAGAAGAUGGCUACCGAACAUACCCAGCUGAUCUAUAUGACCACAGGAGUGCUGCUGCAGAAACUGGUUUCAGCCAAAUGCCUGACAGAGUACUCCCACAUUUUCAUAGAUGAGGUUCAUGAGCGCACAGAGGAGAUGGACUUUCUCCUGCUGAUUUUGCGAAAACUCCUUCAUUUCAACUCUUACCAUGUCAAGAUAAUCCUCAUGUCGGCCACCAUUAACUGCAGACAGUUUGCCGAGUACUUUGGCACACCGGUUCGCGACAGAAUGAACCCUGCCUAUGUGUUUGAAGUGGAGGGGGCACCCUACGCCAUUGAGGAGUUUUACCUGGAUGACCUCCACAGCCUGUUUUCAUACCGGGUUGAGGCGCCUCAUCCAGAUGACCCCCACAUCACGCCGGAGAUGUACAAUUUUGCCAUCAGUCUCAUUCAGAGCUUUGAUGAAAUGGAGGGCAAAGAUCCCGGCAAAGUGGAAAAAGAGGGUGGUGUGACUGUGUCAGAGAGAGGCAGCGUUUUGGUUUUCCUUCCUGGCAUGCACGAAAUCAGUUACAUGCGGGAGGCCUUGACCAAGCUGGUACACAAACGAUUGCAGGUUUAUCCUCUCCACUCUGCGGUGACUCUGGAGGAGCAGAACGGUGUGUUCCUGUUCCCUGUCCCUGGAUACAGGAAGGUGAUACUUUCAACCAACAUCGCAGAAAGUUCGGUGACUGUUCCAGACGUCAAAUACGUGAUUGACUUCUGCCUGGUUCGCCACCUGGUCUGCGACCAAGACACUAAUUAUCAGUCACUGCGUCUCACCUGGGCAUCCAAAACCAACUGCAACCAGCGCAGAGGCAGGGCAGGGCGAGUGUCUAAGGGCUACUGUUACCGUCUUGUUACCAAAGAGUUCUGGAGGAAUGAAAUGCCAGACCACAUGAUUCCUGAGAUGCUGCUUGCUCCCCUGGCUACCAUCUUGUUGAAGGUGAAGCUACUGGACAUGGGAGAUCCUCGCUCCCUCCUCUCCACAGCGCUCUCGCCCCCCAACCUGUGCGACAUAGUUAAGACUGUGCUGCAACUCAAAGAGAUGGGUGCGCUGUCAGUGAAAAGUGAUAAGAGAGGUCAAAAUGAGGACGGAGAGCUGACGUUCCUGGGCCGAGUGCUGGCCCAUUUGCCUGUGGACCUGUACCUCGGGAAGAUGAUUGCCAUGGGCCACGUCUUUGGCUGUCUGAACGAAUGCCUCAUCUUAGCUGCUUCGCUCUCGCUGAAGAAUUUCUUCGCCAUACCAUUCAUGCAGCAGCUUGCUGGCCACAGGAGCAAGCUUGCUUUCGCCCACGGCACACCAAGUGAUGCCAUAGCUUUUGUCAAUGCCUUCAAGGCAUGGUACUCAUCCAAAAAGAAAGGGCAGCUGAGACAUCCAAAGGAUGAGCUGGACUGGGGAAAAGAGAACUUCAUUCAGAUCAAGAGGAUGAGGGAGGUAGCGGAGCUCUACGAGGACCUGAAGAAGCGCGUGGCCCAGUUCAGAAUGCACGUCCCACAGGACACUCAGUCCUCAGACUACUCCAGCACACACAAGCAGAAGUUCAUUCUUCAGGUGGUCAUCGCUGGUGCUUACUACCCCAACUACUUUGUCCAGGGUGAAAUGGAUGAACACCUGGCUUCCAGAGAGCUAAAUGGCUUCAACCCCAGAACAACAGUGAUGGUCAGGAAUCUCCCUCCGUACAGUUUCCUGUACUACAAGCAGCUGCAGUCCAUGUUCCGUCUGUGUGGGCAGGUCAAAACCAUUUCCUUUGAGAACUCCAGAGCGUACGUGGAGUUCUACAGGACAUCCCAGGACUCCGGGGUGCUGCCUGAAGUGUCUCUCGCCCUUCUUCUGAACCAAAGGAACCCUCCAAUGGAGCUUUCUGUCUAUCCGAUUCAACAGAUAGAAAGCUGUGCAGGCAACAGACACAUAACUCACAUGAAAUAUUCACGGGUGAAUGUGGACCUGCAGAGCCAUACUGUCUCCCCAGUGGGAGUGUUGAGCAGCACCAUUGACCCAGAUAGGCUGCCUCCCAAUCGCCUGUUCGUGGUGAACAUCACAGCGAUUUUGGAGGUGGGUCAUUUCUGGGGCUUUCUAGCAGAAGAAGCCAGCCUGGAAAAGCAGCGCCAUCUGACAGCAGAGAUUAACAUGCGCACACUGCAUCCUGUGACCGUGUCGCUCUAUCCCAACCUGCUGUGUCUGGCUCCUUACUCCGAAAACAGUGAUCAGAUUUUGUACUACCGCGCCAAGAUUCUGCACGUGCGUGGCAGUGUAGUGGAGGUGUUCUUUUUGGACUUUGGCAACACAGCAGUGAUUGCCAGCAGCAACCUCAGAGCGCUCCCAUCUGACCUGCUGUCUCAUCCAUUCCAGGCUCAUGAGUUCCAAGUUGCUGAAUUACAUCCCUCAGCCGAAUCGAUCAUCCACGGGAACCAGUGGAGCAGCCGUGCCCGCAACCGCUUCAUCACUUUGGUCAAGGGUCACUCCCUCAUGGUGUGCCUGUACUCCAUACUGUACGGUGUGAUGCGCGUGAAGCUGUUCGUCAACGCAGAGAAAACAAACUCCAGCGUGCUGGACAUACUCGUGGAGGAGGGACACGCUGUGAAGGUUGAGGAGAGUUUCGAUUCUCAGCAAAGCCAUGAGGUCCUGAUGUCUCUGUACAAGGAGAAGAACGAAGGGACAUAUGUUCCCAACUCUGCCGGCAGCUCCUGGAAAGAACGCAAGAAAGAGGAGAAAGAGCUCAUCGACUGCCUGCUCGCUCACUUUUCCAAGAGCAACCAGCCCUAUAUGACGACAAAGGUUGGUCUGCAUGGACCGAAUAGUCCUCACAAGAUAAGCUUCCACAGCGUGAGCCACCACAAGACUGUGUUUAUAGACCGAUCCAGCAUCAACGCCUUUGUCCUGAAUGAAAACCCUCAUUACAAACAUCAGAGAAUGCUGGUGGCCGGGAAUGUGUCAGUGAACUGCACAGGUACACGCAUUCUGCUGAGAGACACCACCCUCCUGCCAGACAUCCCUGGACUGCCUGCCCUUAUCACUAUGCUCUUCACUCCUGUCAUGGAGUUACGCACUAACGAAGAGCGGACCUGCUACACUGGUGCCCUCUGUGGCCUGGGCUGCAACAGUCAAACACAAGAGACCAUCCUACCCGAGCAUGACAUUGAACUGGCCUUCGACGUCAAGUUUGACGUUGAGGACGUCACUGAGAUAAAUGCAUUGCGUAUGGCUAUAAACCACAUGCUGUCUGAAGGGCCCAACAGAGCUCUGCAUCUGGGACCAGACAGGAUCAGUCACCUGCAGGAAGACUGUCAGGAUCGCCUCACCAGACUCUUCACAAAGUCUCCGCCAAGGGAAGGCGUCACUCCAGUGUACUAUGGAAAACCGGGGAAGUGGAACCAGGUGGAUCCUUCUCUGAGGAUGGACAUCGUGGAGCCUGGAGGUGGAAACAACAAAGGUGCUCUCUUCCAGCUACAUCCUGUCACUCUCCUCAACAGCUAA